AUGCAUCCUCGCGGAGUGCUCCGUGUGGCUUCAGCCAUCUUCCUCUUCUUCACUCAAGUGACGCCUUCUUCUCGUCCACCUCUCGAAAGUCAUGGCGGUAGCCCAAUCGCUCGCACUCAGAGCGGAACUCUGAUUCGCGGCAUCGUUGACUCAGAUAAUCUUUUGGUCUCUCAAUUUCUAGGAAUUCCCUACGCUGCUCCACCCGUAGGGCCUCUGCGCUGGGCGCCGCCCCAGCCGGCCGCUCACGUUGCAGAGGUGAAGGCGACCGAGUUACCCAAAUCUUGUAUGCAAUACGCAUCCAACAGCAGCAGUGUAUACACGCGAGAUGUUCUGGAAUUUGGCGUGCCAGGUGGGAACGAUUCGCCAAUGGGUGAGGAUUGUUUGACAAUUAGUGUCUGGACGCCUGUUUGGGCUGGCUGGAAAGGAGGCCGUGGCCGGCACAAGGCAAAGAAGGAUGGAGGGCUUCCAGUGAUGAUGUUUAUAUACGGAGGAGGCUUCCAGACAGGAGGUGAGAAUGUGCCGUACCAGAUACCAGCGCAAUGGGUGCAAAGGAGUCAGAACCUCAUUGUGGUAUCUUUCAAUUACCGCCUCAACGUCUUCGGAUUCCCUAAUGCGGCAGGGCUAAGUGAGCAGAAUCUUGGCUUGCUUGACCAGCGCUUAGCCGUCGAAUGGGUCCGCGACAACAUUGCUGCUUUUGGCGGUGAUCCAGCCCGUAUCACUCUAUGGGGUCAGUCUGCCGGCGCCAUGAGCGUGGAUUUUUACAACUUCGCCUACUAUGAUGAUCCCAUCGUCGAGGGUCUUAUCAUGAACUCCGGCAGUGCUCUCGUGCCCCUACGUUCCGCUGACACCAGCCACUCAAACUUCUCAUUCGUAGCUUCGCAAGUCGGAUGUGGUAACCAAGCACAUGCGGCAGCGGAACUUGCGUGUAUGCGGGGAGUGCCAGCUCAGACACUUGAGCAGUUCGUCGGGACCUACCAGGAGUCGGGAGCCACGCCUGGAAUCACAUUCGCGCCAAUUGCAGAUGGCAAGGUCGUGUUUGCUAACUACACAGAACGUGCGCUUGAAGGUAAACUUGCCAACGUGCCGGCCAUUAUAGGUACAAAUUCAGAAGAUGGGGUUCCGUUCGCGCCUUAUAACCCCUCCGGCCCGAAUCAGACGAUCGCUCAGCAAGCACUACUUAGUCUCUUCUUCUGUCCGGCCGUCAAACCGCCUAGCAGCCAGCCGGACGACGUAUCGCUACGAGUACCGGGGCAACUUCACUAA